UAUCCAACCGACUGAUAACAUGUCGUCCGGUUGAAGAAAGAGCUAAGAGCUAGCAAGGAUGCAAACUGUUUAAUGUAACUCACGAAGUUAAAAGGCGGAGAUGUCGCUACGGUCCAACUGUCAGGCCGCUCAGUCUAACAGCCACAGUUGCCGCUGAAGUAGAUAUUUUGUAGAAAUUCCGAUUCUCACAAAGGAAUGAGCGAUACUUAUCAAGGAAGUCGGGCGAAAAAGUAGCUAGCUCGGCUGCUAGCUAUCGUUAGCCAGGGAGUUCUUUGUUUUGUUUUUCCGUGUAAACAUGAAGAGAAACUAAUUAGGACGUUUGCUUUGACAUUAAACGUUUAUGUAGGAGUUUUCUAAUCAUGCGCAGCGUAUCUUUGGUGGCUGGCAGCUGAGUGUAAAUCCAUGGUUUCUGGGAUAGUAGGAAGGCAAAACUAACAUUAGCCACCGAGGGCAACUUUAGCAACAACAAGAUCAGAUUGUUUUUGUUUGUUUGUUUGUUUUAAACGUCGGCAAGGAGGGCAGGAGCGGAGAUACGAAGACAUGGGCAACUGUCUCAAGUCUCCGACAUCAGAUGAUAUCUCUCUUCUUCAUGAAUCCCAGUCAGACAGGGCGAGUUUCGGUGACGGGAUGGAUCCGGAUCUGGAGCCGCCUCCGCCGUACCAGGAGCAGGCUCACAUGCCCAUGUACCAUCCCACGCCUAGUCAGGCCCGUCUGGCCACCCAGCUGACAGAGGAGGAGCAGAUCCGCAUAGCUCAGCGUAUCGGUCUUAUCCAGCACCUCCCUAAGGGCGUUUAUGAUGGAGGGCAAGACGGCUCCGAGAAAAAGAUCAGAGAGUGCGUGAUCUGUAUGCUGGACUUUGUAUACGGGGACCCCAUCAGGUUCCUGCCGUGUAUGCACAUCUACCACAUGGACUGUAUAGACGACUGGCUGAUGAGAUCCUUCACCUGCCCCUCCUGCAUGGAGCCUGUGGAUGCUGCCCUGCUCUCCACCUACGAGACCAACUGAUUUUUCAGCCCCCCUCCUCCCCCUCCUCCACGCUUAGAUCAAACACGGCCCCUCCAGCCCCAAAACCCACACACACACACACGCAGACCCAACAGCUGCCCUCUUAAAGAGUGUGAAGAGCUGAAAAAAGAAAAGGCUAGUUGUUGUCUUGCACUUUGAAAAAUUCUGAAUUUACUCACCCAAUGUUGGCCUUCCAUGUCCCCGGGUCUAAAUAAGCUGGUCUUAAACAUCAGUUACACAAGUCAGCUUGAAACUGUUUCCAGUCAACCCUGCAUGAUUGUGUUUGUGCGUCUUUGUCAUGCUCAAGCAGUGUCCGGUGUUGACGAUGAGCACGUGGGAUAUUUGUGUAUAUAUGUGUGUGUGUGAAUGAGCUGUUUGGGCUGUUUUAUGACAUUUCCACUUGAGCUGGUCUCAGUGGCGUUUCUCCCCAACUGACCCCCUAGUUCACCUUCAUUCCCAGUCAGUGGUGAUUUAAACGGACGUGUAGUUUAACAAGUUAUUGACCAAAAUGCUAAGAGGUGUCGCUAGAAAUCUGCUGAACUAAAUUUAAGGUUUUCUGUGGCAACAAUGAGCAAAUACUUCCUCAACAUACCGAUCUCCUAAACAUGCUCACACAUCAAAAUGGCCCUACACUUUGGAGAUGUGGGAAUACACAGCUGAGGAAGAAAUUGCUCGCCUGUUAGUCAGGAUUACAAAAAAAAUGCACACACUUUACAGAAAUCACCCAAAGUUAAAAGUACACAGUGAUACUUAAAAAAAGACUACAUGAUUAUUGUCUUUGGCUAAUCCAAAUAGCCAGGCUUUAUAAAAAAUGCUUUGAGUUGAAGGGAAAAAUGAUGAUGUGUAAUGUGAAUGUUUCACCAGACGGUGUGUAAAGUAGCUGGCAGCCAAUGUAAAGGGCUCAUUUGUGCAUGGGCAGGUGGAUCAGUCAGUCAGAAAUUAGAAAUGCUUGCACACACUUUUCAUCUGAUCCUCAGAUUUGCACUUUACUUAUAGGACAGUAUCUAAAACAAUAUAUUAAUAUAUGUACCUUAUAACCUUGCACUAUCAAUACUUCAUUCCUUUAUUUCCUGAGAUGCAAAAGUCAUAUAGUGGAUAAAGGUAUUUUCAAAGCCGUCAGUAGUCACUCACCACAUUGAAGUAAGCCUGAAGAUGUAUUUCAUGAAAUCUGUGACUCAGUAGUGUGAGCCUCUGCUUUGUUCUGCUUGAUUAUUUUUUUUUACUCUUGUGUGUUUUGUGUGUUACUGAAGGGACAGGGGUUUGCUCAGCGUUAAAGGAGAAGUUGGACAUAUUGGAAAAUGUGCUCAUUCGCUUUCUUGUCGAGAGUCGGAUGAGGAGGUUAAGGCAACUCUUGUGUCUGAGCGUAGUAUGGAGUUGGAGCCGAGAGACUUGUCAACUUAGCUUAGCAUAAAGACAGAGAACAGAGAGACACAGCUAGCCUGGCUCUGUUUAAAGUUGAAAAAUAUCCUCACCAACACCCCUAAAGCUCAGAAGUGAACACUGUUUCUUGUUUGAUUAAUGUGUAUGUGGAUAGUAAUGUAAACACAAUCGUGGUUUUACAGGGAGUUAUGUGAUGUUCAGUAAUAGAUUGUCAUGGCAUUUAACUUCUUGUAAAAGGACAGAUUCUCAAUUUUAUGUCUUUUCACUUACAGAUUAAACAAAUAAGUUAUA